AUGACAAUGUUCAGUUACAAAGUGCCUCAAUACAUUUUACAGCUGGCUAUCGUCCUCUGCCUGGUGGCUGCGGCUGCUCCCAGCUAUGGCGGGUUCUUGGGACCAUUCAGCGGGCGUGCCGGUGGAUUCGCCUUUGGCGGACUGCGAGGCGGAUUCGGUCUCCGAGGACUAGGAGCCGGCUACGGCCUGAACGGCGGAUAUGGCGGAUUGGGCGGGUACGGCUUCAACGGCGGAUACGGUGGAUUUGGCGGAUACGGCGGAUACGGCGGAUACGGUGGAUACGGCGGAUACGGCGGAUACGGCGGAUACGGCGGAUACGGCGGAUACGGCGGGUACGGCGGGGUCGGCUUCAACGGCGGAUACGCCCUUGGCGGACUGAGAGGCGGAUUCGGCCUCCGAGGACUACGAGGCGGCUACGGCUACGGCCUGAACGGCGGAUACGGCUUCAACGGCGGAUACGCCCUUGGCGGACUGAGAGGCGGAUUCGGCCUCCGAGGACUACGAGGCGGCUACGGCUACGGCCUGAACGGCGGAUACGGCUUCAACGGCGGAUACGCCCUUGGCGGACUGAGAGGCGGAUUCGGUGGACACAAGAAGCACUUCUCCAGCUACACGGACAUUGACAAAUGA